CUUCGGCUUGCUUAACUCCGAAAUGGAAACGAAUUCUUUCCUCAGUUAGUACCCUAAGCGAACCUCCAAUUCAGUUCUCCUUCUCUUGUAGACCUUUUUUUCCUCAGCUUAAUGUCUGUACCAAAGUUAUUUUUUUCGUGGUUUUACCCCUGGGGCGUUGAAACACUUAGUUCUCGGCAUGAAUUCCCGAACCCUGUUGUUUCUAAGUUUUGAAGAAAUUUCUUAUCGUGCUGUGAGUAAAUCAAGGUUAUACAACAAUUUAGCUCUGCCGUUUGUCAGCAAAUACCUUUCUUAAAAGGCUGUUUCUUCUUUCGAGACAAAGCUAGUAAGUUCAACAUUUUCAGGCCGGUAUGCAGAAUAUGUCAACCUAGAUACAAAUGAUCGUGAUAAGAUCUACCGCUUUUAAUCUGUAACACUGCUUUGAGAAGAGCCGAAAACUAGUCUAACUUGAUUAGAACUAUGAUCAAAACCUCUGCAUUUGAGCCCAUGCAAGAUCUUGGGGCACGUUGAACAAUUAAAAGUAAUCAAGGUAGAUUUAUAACCUAUAAAAACAAACGUAGGCUUGAUAACUUCAUUUUCAACUUGCCCCAAGUUUACUGUGAAGAACAAAUUUGCUAACCCCUUUGUUUGAAUUGAAAUUUUGGAACCCACACACACACAUUAUUGAUUCAGCUCCCCACUUAUGCAUUCAGCUUUUGUCCAGACAAAAUUGCGCACUUGUUGUAAACAAGAUUGGCGUUUAUUUACUCGAUAUUAUAUCUUUUAAUCGUACAAAAGAAGUGUAAAGUACAUUAUUGACGGCUGUUAUUUUUUGGUGUUUUUCAGGGAUCCAGCACGAGUUCGUCUGGUGGCGAAAGCUCCUGCGACGAGGCCCGAAUCCGAAAACCGAGACUUCGGACAGCUGAGCCUAGACUUCGGACCACAGCGUUAAACGAAAAACUCCGCGAAGAUUGCCCGAUCGGUGAACCGGCUAGCUCCGACUACAACUCGAGCACGGGCGAGGAGUCGUGCGAUACUGUGAUCUACGUGGGUCCCGACGGGGCUAUUAGUGACCGCGAGCUCACAGACAACGAGGGCCCGCCAACGAGGCUCCCUAUCAGGAAAUCGAGCGUGUCCGACAGUACAAGGUCCCUGGUGCGGAAACUAGAAUCGAUUGAGAACGAAGAAGCGGAAUUUAAUGAAGAAGGCGAGGACUUGAAGCGUGAAGUCGAGGGAAGUGAGGACAGUGGUAGUCUUGCAGAGGAAAAAGCGCAAGAAAAGAUACUUUCCGCUCGAGAAGAAGGAGAAGGAGAAGAGUUCAGCGAAAAUUACACUGAGGAAUCGUCUUACGAGACCGAAAUUGAAAUCCUACCCGACAGCCGGAAAGCAAGUAGGAAAAGACUUCUUGAAAAUAAAGGAAGCUCGUCGAGUAUUGCAGAAAUCGCGGGGAAGGACAAAGCCAAAAGAAGUAAGACACACCAAAACGACAUCGCUAGCCCUAAAGUAAAGGAGGUGACUGAAAUUUCCGCUCCAGAGCUCAGCACACUUAUUCUACCGUCUAGACUAGGUCCCAACUUAGACGUUGAUGAAACGAUGAAUUCUCGACACAGCACUGUGGUAAUUCCCGUACAGUCGUUUCCAGGCGAGGAAGCGAAGCUGAGAGCGCGGGUCAUGAGCCCGGAGACAUCAAGUGAAUCGUCGGACGCGGAGAGCAUUGUGAUGGCCAAGGCGCCAUCGUUUUCUUUCUUGACCUGUACCGCUGUGAACGACAUCCACGCUGACUCCAUGGACUCUCUUAACAUGGAGCAGGACUUGCACGAUUACGAGAUGUCUCGACGAAAUGGCGACGUAGCGUACUAUCGGAAUGACAACGCAACCGACUCAAUGAAUUCACUCAAUUCCGAGCAGAAUCGAUGCGAUGAAGAGGUGUUUCGUCAUUACGAGAACAGAAACAGUCGCGCUAGUAGCGAGAUAACCGCGGAACUGAUCAAAAACUGUCAACCACACUCCCCGACGUCGGACACACCCGAUUUGUGUUACGUCCUCGAGGAGAACCGAGAGACCAGCUCCGAUGAUUUCUCGUAUGAUGACACCGAGCUAGUGUGGGGAAAACAACACGCGGAAGACGAGAUCAUCGCCGAAGCCUUCUGUGAAGACGAGUGCGAGGUCGAGGUGGAUCACUUGGAGAGAAAUUUCACUGGCAGCGAAACCGAUGUUCUUUUCCCAGAGCUCGAGGAGAGAUUACAAGACGUCAGCACAUCCGGUGAGCCUACGGUUGAGAAAAUCAGUGCGCAAAAACCCAGCCAGCGGCAAAGUUCUGAUGAAAGCUCAGCGGAGUCAGACACGGAUGCAAUUACGCGCAGUUACACGUUUGAAACACCAAUGAAAAUGUUUUACCGUCUCGUACCCUCGCCCCAGUCUUCCUCGACCGAAGAUGAACUGGAGGACAUUCAAGUGUCAAAAUCUUUCCAAAGUAAGACAUUGUCUCCAAUACCUGAAUUCCCUUCAGUGGAGUCCAAUCUGAACCAGACCCCCGCGGACAUCAGAAAUGGCGCGAAGAACCGCGCAAGUUGCAGCUACAGCAUCGUCAGUGUUGAAAUCGACGAUGGCACCAACACGAUUCUUGUGGAGGGUGACAAGGAAAACAUUCCACUAAAAGACAUGGACAACAUGACAAAUUCAAACAGCAAAGGAGAUCUACGAUCACUUCUGCAAAAAUUCGUCGCCGAACAGCUGAGAGAAUGCGAAGGCGAGAAGUUCUCUUCGCGGUAUGCUCGGCCAGCCACUCGGCAUCCCGAGCAUCGCCGACCACGCCCGAGGCCAAACCGACGUAUUGUUCCAUUAGCUUCGUGCGAUACGUCGGGUAAUGAUAUUCUUCUACCGCCACUCGUGCCACAGAAACGCACGUCGGAAACCGCCAAACUCAUUUCCAGUCCUAAGCUUCGGUAUAGGGGCGAGAGAGACUACGACAGUGACAUUGCACCGUGCCACUGUAGAACGCAAGACGGCGAUGAAUCAAGUGAUAGUUCGAUGACGGCUAAGACGGAGCCGUGGUGUACGCCGCGUCGAAGUGUCAUCAGAUCACAGUUUGAUCCAACGCCGAGGCUGUCCUCGCUCUCUGUUGGAAAUAUGAAAACGAGCGUUACAUUUAUUGGAUGCGAAGACGAGAACAACAAUUUCCACAAGGCAAGCAGUCUCGAAAGUGCUUGCGUUAUAGAGAAUGCCGAGAAAGAAUUAAACAGAUCGGAUAGUUUGUUCAGCGCUGACCGCGUUUCUACGGAUAGACUAUCUCGAAAAGACAGUGAAAGAGUUGAGCAUUUUGUCAAGGCAAACAACAGUCGGUCAAAAAGAUGCGACCGCGCAUCGAUCAGCUCUAUGUCAAGUGUUGUGAAACUCACAUAUUGUGGUUCAGAGGUUUCUGACACGGAAUUCGAGAGACCUGAUAAGCCGUCGAGGAUGGAUAAACAGUCUUCUAGAACUUUAAUAACACACCCUUCCAACGCCAUUUCUGUUUCUGUCGCGAGGCCCAUCAUCCAGUACAUUCCAGUCCCGCCCGAGACGCCUUACGCUCCACAAGAGGAAUUCAUCGCGCGUUUCCACGAUCGUUGCGCGCCACCGCGAAUCGUUUACAGAUUGUCGGGCGAGUUUGUGGCGACAAUACCCAGCUCAGAACCAAGCGCGUCUCAAACGCAAAACACGGACAGCACUCACAGCGUCGCGAACCGUCAAUACCGCUUAUCCGGAGAAUUUGUAGCAACUUUUACAACGGCUGCUGAAACGCAAAACGCGUCCAAUAUGGCGCUGGCGUCUUCCAGCGUGGAGGACAGUAGCACAAGAACUGAAAGUACCGAGGUUGUGUGGGUUGCAAAUGAGCCCGUGGUGUCAGCUGGAGAGGUGACAACGGAUGAAAUGUCAGGGCCUUCGACGCCUGUUGCACCAAGAAAUGGAAAGUUUGGAAGAUUCAAAUUUUUCGGACGAGACCGCAGUAGCUACAGCAGCGGCCAUGCAAGUGACAGCAGUAUUGGGGACUCCCCAGGACCUCGCGGACGAAGCCGGUCGCUAAAGAGAAUGAAAUCAAUAUCUUCGCGAUCUGAUGCGGCCAGCAGCAGUGGCUAUGAGAGCAUGCGCAACGAUACAAGCCACGCCUCCAGCGACAGUUGCAGCGAGAAAGGAUUGAGUCGCGGGAAAAGAAAAGGUGCCUAUGGUAGAAGCCGUUCUGCGUCCCCUGGUUCCAGCACUAGGAAAUAUUCGCCCAAGCGCUGGUUUUCGAGGAAGUCUUUGGAGCCAGUUCAAAUCAAGGUUUAUGAAGUUGAUGAUAUGGAAAAAGUGCAAAAGGCAAUGGACCCAAGCUUUCAGUGGCAAGAUUCUGAAGAAAGAAAAUCACGCAUUGCGACUCUACGACGGAGACAACGUGAUUUAAAAGAUGAAUUUUCAGCUGCCAAGAAUCGACUGCUUGAUGACAAUCAAAGAUGGAGCUACGGACUGAAAGCGGAAAAAGAGCUUAACUGGGAAGACCCAAGCUUCAUAAACGCGUUAGAAAUUGAGAACAAAACUCUUCAAGAGCGGAUUGCAGCAUGCAAGUCAAACAUCAUGAUGGUGACGUCAUUUGACAAGCGGACGACGCAAGUCUGAAAUUCAGGACGUCAUCAAGCAGCCACGUAAUGUUGAUAAUGACGUCACAAUACAGCGACAUAAUGUACAGUUUAACGUUGUUUGAAACCAAAUCUUAGUUAGACAAAUGACGUAUGUGUAUUUCAUAUUUUCAAUGAAAGUUUGAUUGUUAGUUUGUUAAAGGUGUUACGUUUAUGUUUGGAUUAACAGUUUCAAAGGCGUUUUAAAUAGAAUCUCUAGCUCAGAAUCGUUAUUUUUGAAAGAUUUCUUCAGUAUUAAAGAGAACUAAGUUAUUUUAAUUAUAUUCCUUUAUAUUAAAUCUAUAUUGCGGUAUUUAUAUCUCAGACAUAAGUAUAUUUUCUCAUGGAAACUAUGGUUAUUAUUAUAUUAUUUUUAGUUAUACUAAGAAAGUUUAUUCGACCACUUAUCUACUCUUAUAGAAUUUCUUUUCUAUAUGUUAUAAACUUCGUGAAAAGUCCAUAACAAUAUUUUGACUCCUGACUUUGUUUAGAGAGAUCCUUUUAGGCAGGUUGUUAUAACCCGGUUUUUGACACCAUGACUCACUUCAUCUAUAAUUGAAGUAAAUCAUUCAAAGCCGCGUGGAAGCCAACUAACUGCCAAGUAAGCCGUUUGAACGCCGUGUAACCCAUUAAAUGCCAGAGAAGCCAACUUAAGUUAUAUAUUCAAUUCAACCGGCAUUUUUCAAAGAGUAUUUCUAACUGUUUGAUAACCUUUGUAUAGACGCGUACGCUGACUUCAAGGUCAAGCUUAUCAGUUUAGUGUGCUGUAAUUUGUAUAGGUGUGUUUGAUGCGCUCGAGCACGCUGUAAAAUUUAAAGUACGUUUCUCUCGACCAUUCAGACGUGCUACAAGAGGCCCUGUUUGUUCAUGUAAAAAAAAAAAUCAGAUAACUUUAUCUAUCCGACAAAAAAAAUCGAUUUCUGUACAUUGUGCAACCCGAACCGUACAAUGAAUUUAGGAGUAAAACCGAACGGAAAAUGCAAGUUUCUUCAUUAACUGAUUUUAUCAUCUUUCUAUAAAGGUUUUUAAUAUUAUUUUAAACCCUUUUAAUGCAGUUGUUAGCGACACUUUGAUCUCACGAAUAUGUUUACAGUCUCCUUCUAAUCGAAAGAAAUGUACUCUGCAUGGUUGAGAGAAAACCCUUUAAGAGUUGUAGAUAAAUGGGUUUCAAGAAAAAAUGGAUGAAGAAUGAUUUCAUGUGUGCUAAGAUCGAUGAAAAAAUGCGAUCUUCUGUAAAAAAUGUAAUCGUGUGAAGGAUGCUGGCUUAAGCAAUUAUUAUGCCGAAUUAAAAUUUCCGCUGUCAUUUAAUUUCUAACAGCUUUAUAUCUAAAUGGCAAACCUAUUUCAACAAGCUACUUCUAAUAAGAUUUCCAAACUUUGCAACGUAGGUUAAAAAGGCGAGGAUUUGGUUCCACCAAAUUGUAAUUUAGUCUUGAAAUUGUAGCUAAAACACUUUGACUAUCUUUAUUCCUCCUACAGAGUUUAUAAAAUCUAUUAUAGUUUUGGUAUGGAAAUAAAUUGAAGUUGAGAAAACAAGU